GCUUUCCCGCACCGUCAAUCAAAAUAGGAAAAAAAACCCGGAGUAGGCUCGGGCCGCCGCCGCCGCUUCAGCCCGCCGUGAGCACAAUAAGCAUGUCCCCGGCGGCAGCCGCCUAGCCCUAGCCAGCAGGGCCUGUGUGCGAGCCAGCCAGCCUGCCUGCCUGCCUCCCGCCCAGCCAGCCAGCCAGCCGGCCGCUCGCACUCACACCAUGACCGCUCCCGAGAAGCCCGUGAAACAAGAGGAAAUGGCUGCCUUAGACGUGGACAGCAGCAGCCACAGCGAGUAUCUCCAGCACGGCAACGGCGCCGCCUCGGCCUCCGCCGGGGCGGCCGCCCCCCAGGACGCGCAGCCGUCACCGCUCGCUCUGCUGGCGGCCACCUGCAGCAAGAUCGGCCCGCCGUCGCCGGAGGAGGAUGAGGCCGCCGCCGCCGCCGCUGCCUCUCACUCUGCCGGAGCGACAGGGGAUUUGGCUUCUGUGCAAUUAGCUGGAGCUCCAAACAGAUGGGAGGUCUUGUCUGCAGCUCCUACCACUAUAAAGGAUGAAGCUGGUAAUAUAGUACAGAUUCCAGGUGCUGCCACAGUAACUUCAAGUGGGCAGUAUGUCCUUCCUAUUCAGAGUUUGCAAAAUCAACAAAUCUUUUCUGUUGCACCAGGAUCAGAUUCGUCGAAUGGUACAGUGUCUAACGUACAAUACCAAGUAAUACCCCAGAUCCAGACAGCGGAUGGUCAGCAGGUUCAACUUGGCUUUGCAGCCUCUUCUGAUAAUAGCAGUAUAAAUCAAGAAACCGGUCAAAUUCAGAUCAUUCCUGGCUCGAAUCAAACCAUCAUUGCCUCUGGAACGUCUUCAGCUAAUAUUCAGAAUAUCUUAUCUGGUCAGUCUGGUCAAGUCCAGGUUCAGGGAGUUGCAAUUGGUGGUUCGUCUUACCCUGGCCAAGCACAAGUGGUUGCUAACGUCCCUCUUGGACUGCCAGGAAAUAUUACUUUUGUACCCAUUAAUAGUGUUGAUCUAGAUUCUCUGGGACUUGGCAGUGGUUCUCAAACCAUGACAGCAGGCAUUAAUGCAGAUGGGCACUUGAUAAAUACCGGACAGGCCAUGGAUAGUUCAGAUACUUCUGAAAGGACUGGUGAGCAAGUUUCUCCUGAAAUUACAGAAACUGCCACUGAUAAUGACUUAUUUGUGCCAACGUCAUCUUCAUCACAAUUGCCCGUUACCAUAGACAGUUCAAGUAUAUUGGAACAAAAUGCAAAUGACUUGACCACAACUAGCGGUCAAGUUCAUGGUUCUGAUCUUCGGGGAAAUUACAUCCAGACGUCAGUCUCUGAUGACACACAGGCUCAGAAUAUUCAGGUCUCCACAGCACAGCCAAUUGUACAACACAUACAGCUACAAGAGUCGCAGCAGCCAACCAGUCAAGCCCAGAUUGUACAAGGUAUUGCGCAACAGACAAUCCAUGGUGUUCAAGCAAGUCAAAGUAUAUCUCAACAGGCUCUUCAAAAUCUUCAACUGCAGCUGAAUCCUGGAACUUUCUUAAUUCAGGCACAAACAGUGACCCCUUCUGGGCAGAUAACCUGGCAGACAUUUCAAGUGCAAGGAGUUCAGAACUUGCAGAACUUGCAAAUUCAGAAUGCACCUGGUCAACAAAUAACUCUGACCCCUGUGCAGACUCUCACUCUCGGUCAAGUUGCAGCAGGUGGUGCAUUGACAUCAACUCCAGUUAGUCUAAGCACUGCUCAAUUGCCAAAUCUGCAGACAGUAACAGUAAACUCUAUAGAUUCUGCUGGUAUUCAGCUGCAUCAAGGAGAAAAUGCUGGCAGUCCUGCAGAUAUUAGGAUUAAAGAAGAGGAUCCUGAUCCAGAAGAGUGGCAGCUCAGUGGUGAUUCUACACUGAAUACUAAUGAUCUAACACAUUUGAGAGUACAGGUCGUAGAUGAGGAAGGGGACCAACCACAUCAGGAAGGAAAAAGACUGCGACGAGUAGCGUGUACAUGUCCCAACUGCAAAGAAGGUGGUGGAAGAGGCUCCAACUUGGGAAAAAAGAAGCAACACAUUUGUCACAUACCAGGAUGUGGCAAAGUAUAUGGGAAAACUUCACAUUUGAGAGCUCAUCUCCGCUGGCAUUCUGGAGAGCGUCCAUUUGUUUGUAACUGGAUGUUCUGUGGCAAAAGGUUCACUCGCAGCGAUGAGCUCCAGCGACACCGAAGAACGCACACAGGUGAGAAGAAAUUUGUCUGUCCAGAAUGUUCAAAACGCUUUAUGAGAAGUGACCAUCUUGCCAAACACAUUAAAACACAUCAGAAUAAAAAAGGUAUUCACUCUAGCAGUACAGUGCUGGCAUCAGUAGAAGCAACAUCUGAUGAUACUUUGAUUACUGCAGGAGGAACAACACUUAUCCUUGCAAAUAUUCAACAAGGUUCUGUUUCAGGAAUAGGAACUGUUAAUACAUCUGGCACCAGCAAUCAGGAUAUUCUUACCAACACUGAAAUACCUUUACAGCUUGUCACAGUUUCGGGAAACGAGACAAUGGAGUAAAUAUUACACAAGAUACCUAUUAAUUGUGGUUAUUUUUAUACAGUAGUGAGAAGAAUAUUGUUCCUAAGUUCUUAGAUAUCUUUUUAUUGAUGUGCAAAAAUUUUUGGAUUGACAGUAACUUGGUUAUACAUGACACUGAAAUGCCUUACUUUGUAUGAUAUUCCAUAGUAUAUUAAAAUGGUAAAAUUGCAUGGGUUUUGUAGGUACUUUUGGAAUCUAGAAGAGAAGAAAUUUUACCAAGUUAUAUUAAAAAAAAAAAAAAAAGAAUUUAACGAUGGAAAUGGUAGUCUAACCAAAUGCAUCAAUCCUGUGUGGUUUAGUGUAAAAAAAAUGAGAACAUGUUGGUAUUUAUCUAUUGUAAGAUAAAAGAAGUUGAUGGGUGAAAAGAAAUCACAUUAUGAUAAAAGAAAUUUUGUAAUUUUCUUGAUGACUGGAAUUUUUAUUAUGCAUAACUGACAAAUCAAGUUUCCAAGCAAAUGUUACAUAGUGUAGGCUUUACUUAGCUCAUCAACUUGUCAUUUUGAAGCUAAUUAUUUUAAUUAGGUUAACUAUGUACAAUAUUUUAAGCAUUACUCUUGUAAGAUUUUGCAAACUACAUUUUAACAUGGAACUCUAGGGAUAGUCACCUUUUAAAUCCUAUUGAAAAGCCAUGUUUAAGAUUUAAUUUGCCAAAAUGAUGUCUUGUUAAUAUUCUUUCAAUAACCAAGGUGGGCAAUAUAACCAAUGUUUAAAAAGCUUAAAAUGUUAAGAAAAAUAAAUAUGUAUAGGUUGAAGCAUUUGGGUGGUAAGGCAGAUGUUAUAGUGAAGUAUAUCCCUUCUUUUGAACAUUGGAGGACCAAAAAUAAGGUGUAUUGCGUCUCAGCAGUGAUUUUUAUCAAAUCUUUUUCCAAAAAAACAUCUGUAUGCCAGGGCCUUAAAAAGCCAUCAUGUAAAUUACCAGUAAAAUAUAACAUAUGCAAAUACAAAAGAAAAAUCACUUCCAUAUUGACAGUACUCCCAAACAUAUGGAUAUAGUCAUAGUGAACUAGGGGGGGUUAUGAGGUUUUUGUUUGUUGUUUAGUUUUUGGUUAGUCAAUCUGCAUUUAAAUAUCAGCCAUCUUUCCUUUUUUGCUUCUUCCCUUAAAAAUUGUAUGUAUCCAGUACAUUUAACUGAUAAACAUAUAUGUUUUUUAUUAUGCUGAAUUUUCUUUUUAUUUUUUAAUUACUGUUUAUAUUUUCAAUUAUAGAAAAUGUACAAAAUGAAGUUAUAUAGCCAGUCUGUAAGUGCUAUACCAUUUUCAAAAAAUGUACAACAAUAAUUACUGCAGUUCACCUAUUUACAAACAUUUGGAAAUCUGUUCAUUUGUUAUUCUUAAAACCACCUCAAAUUUAAAGGCUACCUUAUUGUACGUUUAAAGUGUAUUAUAACAGUGUGGUAGUUAAUAAAACACUAUUUUUUUUUCUUUUGA